AUGGAAUCCGAGAAAGACAGCGAAGCCUCCACACCGCGGUCCUUCACGGGCCAGAGCGUCUCCGCGGAGGAAAUGCUUAAGUCGCAAACCGUCGGUCUCGUGCAUCUGUCGGACUUUCGCAAACGUCGCGCCGAGGUCUUGGAACAAAAGGACCGCGAGGCGCAUGACAAGUCGCUGGGACGACUAGCAUCUGGUAAUUCAAGAAGCGCAACUCCCUCCACAGGCGAAGUGACUGACGGAUCUUCGACGCCGCGAAGUGACGGUCCACCUAAGAAGAAGAAAAAGAAGCCGUUUAUCAAGAGCAAGCUCUCUUUCGGUGACGACAAUGAGAACGAGGAUACUGGCGAAGAGUCCGUGGCAACCCCGCGUGACUCGAGCAUAUCGCGAUCAGGUUCCAAGACUCCCAAAGACGAGGGUGCUACAUCUGCGGCGCGUCGCAUGAAGGCAAACCCGAAUGCGGCACCUCCUCCGAAGGCGAUGACCAAGGCUGCGAUGGAAGCCGAGGCGCAGGCUCGCGACACACUUCGCAAGGAAUUCUUGUCGAUGCAGGAAGCGGUUAAGAAUACCGAGAUUGAGAUUCCAUUUGUAUUCUUUGAUGGAACAAACAUACCGGCUGGAUCGGUCAAGGUCAAGAAGGGAGACCAUGUGUGGUUAUUCCUCGACCGGUGCCGCAAGGUCGGUGCUGAAUUGGGAGUUGGAGGGGCCAAUGGAGCCUCGAAAGCACGAAAAGAUACUCGGCGUGAAUGGGCCCGAGUCAGUGUCGAUGACUUGAUGCUUGUCAAGGGUGAUGUGAUUGUUCCACACGUAAGUCCCUCAAAACAUGGGCCAUUGUUCAAGCUAACAUGCUACCAGCACUAUGAGUUCUACUAUUUCAUUGCCAAUAGAGUAUCGAGCUUCUCCAAGGCCGGCGGACUGCUCUUUGAUUACUCGGACAAACCAUCAGAAACCAGCGAUGACCCCUUAAAUCGCCCCGACGAGCAAUUAGAAGGCGCAGACAAAGAUGCUAGUGAGACCAAAGUGGUGGAUCGUCGUUGGUAUGAAAAGAACAAGCAUAUUUACCCGGCGAGUCUUUGGAACGAGUACGAGCCAGGAAAUGAAUUUGAAGAGAAGAUGACUUCAACCCGGCGUGAUGCGUCCGGAAAUACAUUUUCUUUUAGUGGUUAUGAUGUCGGGACUUCAAUGUGA